GCAGAAGACCGGAAGUUGCGCGAGCUGCGGGGUGGAACGAACCACUGCUCCCUUCUUCACGCUGGCCCGAAGACAAAGGUGAAGCCUUUAUAAGCGUCCCCCUUUAGUUCAGGUUGGGCACAAUUGUGGAUGCAGAGGCUCCACAGUGGUUUUCAGAGUGAAAUGCCGGGCAGAGGCUGUUGCCCCGACUGCGGCUCCGCUGAGCUCGUAGAAGACUCGCACUAUUCGCAGAGCCAGCUGGUGUGUUCAGACUGCGGCUGUGUGGUCACCGAAGGGGUCCUUACCACUACCUUCAGCGAGGAGAGCAACCUCCGAGAAAUAACGUAUUCUCGAAGCACAGGGGAGAAUGAACAAGUUAGUCGCAGCCAGCAACGAGGUCUCCGCCGAGUGAGAGAUCUCUGUCGAGUUCUGCAGUUGCCAACGACAUUUGAGGAGACUGCUAUCACCUACUACCAGCAGGCAUACCAGCACUCUGGCAUCCGAACAGCCAGGCUGCAGAAGAAGGAAGUAUUGGUUGGGUGCUGUGUUUUAAUCACCUGCCGUCAGCACAACUGGCCCCUAACCAUGGGAACCAUCUGCACCCUGUUGUAUGCAGACCUGGAUGUGUUUUCUGGUGCCUACAUGCAGAUAGUGAAGCUCCUGGGGCUGGAUGUGCCAUCUCUAUGCUUGGCUGACUUGGUGAAGACUUACUGUAGCAGCUUCAAAUUGUUCCAAGCCUCUCCAUCUGUGCCAGCCAAAUAUGUGGAAGACAAAGAGCAGAUGCUGUCUCGAGCCUUGCAGCUGGUAGAACUGGCCAGUGAGACGUGGCUGGUAACUGGGCGGCAUCCCUUGCCUGUCAUCACCGCAGCUACUUUCCUGGCGUGGCAGUCUCUCCGGCCUUCAGAUCGGCUGACAUGUUCCCUGGCCCAAUUUUGUAAAAUGGCAAAUGUGGAUCUGCCCUAUCCCGCUGCCUCGAGGCUGCAGGAGCUGGUGGCUAUCUUGCUUCGGAUGGCUGAGCAGCUGGCCUGGUUACGGGUUCUGAAACUUGACAAACGGUCUGUGGUGAAGCACAUUGGUGAUCUUCUCCAGCACCGCCAUCUGCUGCUCCGAAUGGCCUUUCAGGAUGGAUCGUCAGAAAUGGAGACCAAAGAGAAGGAACAGCAGAGGCAGAGACAAAGACAGGGAGAAGAGGAGGUGGGGCACAGCACCUUAGAUUUGUCUAAGGGGAAGCGACCAGCCAGUCCUGCACUUCUUCUCCCACCCUGCAUGCUGAAGCCCCCGAAGCGGACGUGCCCCACGCCCCCCGUCUCCACAGUCACUGGAGACGAGAAUAUUUCUGAUAGUGAAAUAGAGCAGUACCUGCGCACCCCUCAGGAAGUUAGGGACUUUCAGAGAGCCCAAGCUGCUAGCCAGGCUGCCCUGAGUGUCCCCAACCCUCCUUGAUGCACACCCAUUGGAGGUACCUCACCUCCUCCAAAGCAGUGUGCUAAUGAUCCCAGGAAAUAGGUGCACGUAAGCACCUGCAUAUCUUUCUUGUUUGAAGGAACCAAGAGGGGUGCUGUAGUUAGUUGGACCUGGGGUCCUGAAGGGAAGUUGGGAGGAGUAUGUACACGGCUGUGGGUGGGAAAGACUCCUGUCCCUUGGCUACGGGACAGCAAGUUGAAUACAUUCACAUUCUGUGGGAUGACUUUCUUAAGACUUGGGGGAAAUGGCUGGGCUCUCUCUCUCCCUGGCUUGAGUUGAACACACCGCUAUUGAUGAUUCUGCAGGCCUGGUGGGGCUUUCCUGCUAUUUGUGGAGCUGCUGGCAUUUGCAGUGGUGUUAACCCCCAGAGGCACAGGAGCUGGGAAACUUUUGGCCUGUUGAUUCUGAGCACUGUCAGGCAAUUGUGUGCAUGGUGUCACGAGAUCCUCUACCUCAUUAAUAAAAGGACCGUGGGUGGACUACAGCUAUAGCUGAGGGCUUUGCAAAAUUUUAAUAUAUUAAAACAAGAGACAUCUGCUAGAAAACAUUCUAUUGUAUAAAAUCCAAGCUUUUAAAUACAUGUUUUCUUUGGCACUUUUCAUUCCCUCCCUCCCUCUCCCCAGCAUAUUGCAAAAAGCUCUCCAGUGCUAAGGCAUUGGCAGGGUAUGUAAACAACAGCCAGCGUAUGUGUAAGAAUAAUACAAAGCUUUUCCCCCCCUAAUAUUGUCUGUGCAGCAAGCAUAAAUAACAGGACCUAUCUCAAGGAGCGUAAGUUUCCCCUCCCUGUGUCCUCUUUCCACAUGAUUAGGCCAGGCUGAUAAGACUAGGAAGGGACCUGGGCCAGACCUGGGUCUCACUGCUAUUCACAGGGUCCUAGGUUCCUUCCACUUGUGCUUGGUCCUGUAGUGAGGCUGGUGUUUGCAUUUUAGGUUGGGAAAAACCAGGUGCUGGUGUUUUAAAGUAGUGAAGGCACAGACCCUUACGCUGAAGCGACCCCAGUCCCUGCCUCAGGGCUUGGCUGGGCUUCUGUGAGUCAGGAAGCUGAAGGUUUCUCCCUAUCGUGGAGUUUGUAUUUACUGGGGUGGUUCUUCCAUAUGGCUUCACAGAGGCAAGGAGGUGCUCUUCCUCUGUCCCUCCGCGUUGGAAGGCAGACACUGGAUCUCUUAACUGAACUUAAGUGCUUCUCCAAACACCACCUGCAGCAUCAGGUGGAGCCAUCUUCAGAGCGUUGUUCGUGCAUUCCUGCCCGGAUCCAGGUGGGGGGCGCCCUCCAGUUCCCUCGUCACCAGGCACCUGGCAGUCAGCUUUGCAGGUGGGGGACUAGACUGUUCUGAGAUGCCGCCUCAGGCCUGUUUGGGUACCAGUCACUGGAAUGAUGUCACCUCUAACUGCAACUGAGUGCCCUUCCACCUGCCUGGCUCCUACAGGACUGGCUGAUCUCCAUGGCUACCCUUCACACCACGCACCAUCCCCAAGUGCAUAAUCUUAAGAGCAGCACCAGUUAACGCCACCUGGGCCUGGCAGUGGCUCCUGUGCUAGGAUGGCUCACAGAGCCAAAGCCUGGGGAGUGAGGUUCCCCGGGGUAGGCAGGCAGCAGAGGGCCUGCGAGGCCCAGGCUCCUGUCCUGUCUUCUUGGGGAGGCUGGCGGCUGCCACAGAGGCCAGGUGCACAG